AUGUCUCUAUCUUCCAAGCUAACUGUCAAGGACUUGAACGUCAAGGACAAGCGUGUCUUCAUCAGAGUGGACUUCAACGUCCCAUUGGACGGCCAGACCAUCACCUCUAACCAGAGAAUCGUCGCUGCUUUGCCAACCAUCAAGUACGUGUUGGAGCAAAAGCCAAAGGUCGUCGUCUUGGCCUCCCACUUGGGUAGACCAAACGGUGAGAGAGUCGAGAAGUACUCUUUGAAGCCAGUUGCUGCUGAGCUACAAAAACUAUUGGGCAAGGACGUCACCUUCUUGAACGACUGUGUCGGCCCAGAGGUCACCAAGGCUGUCAACUCCGCCGCCCCAGGCUCCGUCAUCUUGUUGGAGAACUUGAGAUUCCACAUUGAGGAGGAGGGUUCCAGAAAGGUCGACGGUAAGAAGGUCAAGGCCGACAAGGCCGAUGUCGAGAAGUUCAGAAAGGAGCUAUGCUCUCUAGCUGACGUCUACGUCAAUGACGCUUUCGGUACUGCUCACAGAGCCCACUCUUCCAUCGUUGGUUUCGAGUUGGAGCAGAGAGCCGCCGGUUUCUUGUUGUCCAAGGAGUUGGAGUACUUCGGUAAGGCUUUGGAGAACCCAGCCAGACCUUUCUUGGCCAUCUUGGGUGGUGCUAAGGUCGCCGACAAGAUCCAAUUGAUCGACAACUUGUUGGACAAGGUCGACUCCAUCAUCAUCGGUGGUGGUAUGGCUUUCACCUUCAAGAAGGUCUUGGAGGGUACUGAAAUCGGUAACUCCAUCUUCGACAAGGCCGGUGCCGAGAUCGUUCCAAAGUUGGCUGAGAAGGCCAAGCAAAAGAACGUCCAGAUCGUCUUGCCAAUCGAUUUCGUCUGCGGUGACAGCUUCUCUGCUGACGCUCAAGUCAAGAACGUCACCGACAAGGAGGGUGUCCCACAAGGCUGGGAAGGCUUGGACUGUGGUCCAGAGUCCAGAAAGUUGUUCUCUGCUGCCGUCGCCAAGGCUAAGACCAUCGUCUGGAACGGUCCUCCAGGUGUCUUUGAGUUCGAGAAGUUCGCCGAGGGUACUCAAGCUUUGUUGAAGGACGCCGUCAAGGCCUCCGAGUCCGGUGCUACCGUCAUCAUCGGUGGUGGUGACACUGCCACUGUCGCCAAGAAGUACGGCGUUGUUGACAAGAUCUCUCACGUCUCCACCGGUGGUGGUGCUUCUUUGGAAUUGUUGGAGGGUAAGGAGUUGCCAGGUGUUACCUUCUUGUCCAACAAGGCUUAG